UACAGAGGUCAAUCAUCAUUGUUCAUCUGGCAACGCUGUUUCAGCCAAUAGCAGUAAGCAGGAAAUGGUCACGUGUGUGCACGUUUGCUGCUGAUACUUCCGGGUUGAUAGCCAAUAGGAGAUACCCAAAACAGGGUCACAUGUGCGGUGUGUCGCGAUAAACGUGUCGCUUCUACAAACACAAGCCGCUGGGAGCAGUGACGAUGGGCCGCCUGGAUGGGAAAGUGAUUGUGUUGUCAGCCGCCGCGCAGGGGAUUGGACGUGCUGCCGCAGUAGCCUUUGCAAGGGAGGGAGCACAAGUCACUGCAACUGAUAUUAAUGGAGAGAAGCUCAAAGAACUGGAUGCCAUUCAAGGGAUUAGGACCAAAGUGGUGGAUGUGACCAAGAAAGACCAAGUGGAGGCCCUGGCCAAGGAACAUGAUCACGUAGAUGUCCUGUUCAAUGUCGCAGGGUUCGUGCAUCAUGGCUCCAUCUUGGACUGUGAAGAGGCCGACUGGGAUUUCACCAUGGAUGUCAACGUCCGGAGCAUGUACCUUAUGUGCAAGGCUUUCCUGCCCAAGAUGCUUGCAAGAAAGUCAGGAAACAUCAUUAACAUGGCAUCGGUCGCAUCAAGCAUAAAAGGUGUGGUAAACAGGUGUGUGUACAGCACCUCCAAGGCAGCCGUGAUUGGCCUCACCAAAUCUAUAGCUGCCGAUUUUAUCGAGCGAGGCAUCCGCUGUAAUUGCGUUUGUCCUGGCACUGUUGAUACGCCAUCACUAAGGGGUCGGAUCCAGGCCCAACCUGACCCAGAAAAGGCUUAUAAGGAUUUUAUGGCCAGGCAGAAAACAGGAAGAAUGUGCACAGCGGAAGAGGUGGCCUACCUGUGUGUGUACCUGGCCUCUGAUGAAUCAGCCUAUGUGACUGGCACUGAGCACAUCAUCGACGGAGGAUGGAGGCUUUGAAGAACACGCAGAAAACAUUUUACUAUUUAGUUGUAGAUGCUGUGUUAAGACUCAUGGAUGGAAAUCAAUAUUUGAUCAUAUCUCCAAGUUUUGAU